GGAGGGCGGAGACUGUGAGGGAGGGAGAAUCCCCUUUGGCCUGUCGUACGGAAGCCUGCGAGGGACGGUGGUGUCCACUACCCCGUUUCGUGUCCCGAUGCCCAGCGCCAGCGCCGGCCGCAAGAGUCAGGAGAAGCCGCGGGAGAUCAUGGACGCGGCAGAAGAUUAUGCUAAAGAGAGAUAUGGAAUAUCUUCAAUGAUACAAUCACAAGAAAAGCCAGAUCGAGUUUUGGUUUGGGUUAGAGAUUUGACAGUACAAAAAGCUGAUGAAGUUGUUUGGGUGCGUGCAAGAGUUCAUACAAGCAGAGCUAAAGGAAAGCAGUGCUUCUUAGUCCUACGUCAGCAGCAGUUUAAUGUCCAGGCUCUUGUGGCGGUGGGAGACCAUGCAAGCAAGCAGAUGGUUAAAUUUGCUGCCAACAUCAACAAAGAGAGUAUCGUAGAUGUAGAAGGUAUUGUGAGAAAAGUGAAUCAGAAAAUUGGAAGCUGUACACAGCAAGAUGUUGAGUUACAUGUUCACAAGAUUUAUGUGAUCAGUUUGGCUGAACCCCGCCUGCCCCUGCAGCUGGAUGAUGCUAUUCGACCUGAGGUAGAAGAAGAGGAAGGAAGAGCUACUGUCAACCAGGAUACAAGAUUAGACAACAGAGUCAUUGAUCUUAGGACAUCAACUAGUCAGGCAGUCUUCCGACUCCAGUCUGGCAUCUGCUAUCUCUUCCGAGAAACUUUAAUUAACAAAGGUUUUGUGGAAAUUCAGACUCCUAAAAUUAUUUCAGCUGCCAGUGAAGGAGGAGCCAAUGUAUUUACUGUGUCCUAUUUUAAAAAUAAUGCAUAUCUGGCUCAGUCCCCACAAUUGUAUAAACAAAUGUGCAUUUGUGCUGAUUUUGAGAAGGUUUUCUGUAUUGGACCAGUAUUCAGAGCUGAAGACUCUAAUACCCACAGACAUCUAACUGAAUUUGUUGGUUUGGACAUUGAAAUGGCUUUUAAUUACCAUUACCAUGAAGUUAUGGAAGAAAUUGCUGACACCAUGGUACAGAUAUUCAAAGGACUUCAAGAAAGGUUUCAGACUGAAAUUCAAAUGGUGACUAAACAGUUCCCAUGUGAGCCAUUCAAGUUUUUGGAGCCAACUUUAAGACUAGAGUAUUGUGAAGCAUUGGCUAUGCUUAGGGAAGCUGGAGUCGAAAUGGGAGAUGAAGAUGACCUGAGUACACCAAAUGAAAAACUGCUGGGUCGUUUGGUAAAGGAAAAGUAUGACACAGAUUUUUAUAUUCUCGAUAAAUACCCAUUGGCAGUAAGACCUUUCUAUACCAUGCCUGAUCCAAGAAAUCCUAAACAGUCCAACUCUUAUGAUAUGUUCAUGAGAGGAGAAGAAAUAUUGUCAGGAGCUCAAAGAAUACAUGAUCCUCAGCUGCUAACAGAGAGAGCAUUACAUCAUGGAAUUGAUUUGGAGAAAAUUAAGGCUUAUAUUGAUUCCUUCCGCUUUGGAGCCCCUCCCCAUGCCGGUGGAGGCAUUGGGUUGGAGCGAGUGACUAUGCUGUUUUUGGGAUUGCAUAAUAUUCGUCAGACCUCCAUGUUCCCUCGUGAUCCCAAACGACUCACUCCUUAAAGAAAGUCUUGCUUUUUAUUCUUUCCAGUAACCUGCUGUUGAUCAGGCUGUACCUUAGGUACUUAAAUAUGCAAGAGAAUAAAUGUCUUAUCUAUAGUACCAGUAUUAUUUUUGGAUUAAUUGAGUAUAGAUUAGUUUAAAAGAGAAGAUUUUUUAUAACUUCAGAAAUGUUUUAGCAAGAAAUGCUUGAACAUUUUAAUAAGAACUUCAUAUGGUUAUGUUAAAAAUUCAUAUUCCAUUACUAAUAUAAAUGGUAACAAGAGUUUUUAACAGUUAAGAUUAUGCAAAGUUUUUUUCCUUUCUAUAUUACAGUGGACACAGAAUUAAUGUCUUACAUUUAAAUAUUUGAGUUUAUUUUUUAAAAUUUUGACAUUGAGAUAAGAACAAUUGGGGAACUAUCUGAGAUUUUAAUGAAGGUAUAAUUGGUAUAUUAUGGAAAAUGAGCCAGAAAGUAUCACUUCUUAAAAGUUAUGCCCAGAAAUCAUGUACAGGAGGAGAAAAUACUGGUGAGAAAAUAUUGAAUAUAAUAUUGUAUUAAAUUGUUGAAUUCUAAACCUGAAUUUCAAUAAAAUUUUAAAGCUAAAUUA